AACUAUUGAAAAAGGAGAAAAGAGCUUCCACAAAUUUGAUUAUUUAAUUCGCAUCUGCAUGAAAUUUGUCGAAUCAAGAGGAUGAGAGGGUGAGAUUUAACGGGCGCUAGUGGACUGAACUUCGGCCUUGUACCGAUUGUCUCUGCCGGCGCUAUUUGGGAAGUUCAGCGGCUGCUCCUCAGCCAGGGAAGAGGCUUUUGCCGGGAUUCUGGAGAGGCCCAUGGAGAGGUCGGUCGGCGGGACGGAGUACAGCUGGUGCAGGACAGUCGCCAGCGGCACCGGCAUCACCGUCCUGACGAUCCUCCUCUCCCGCCCGCCGGAGCCCGCGGCUCUCGAGAAGGCCCUCCGCCGGAUCCAAUCGCGCCACCCCCUCCUCCGCGCCAGGCUCCAGUGGGGGGACCGCGGCCCCUGCCUCUCCCUCUCCCCCGAGCCGUACCUCUCCGUGGAGGUCGUGGAUUCAUCCGAGACCUCGGUCGUUCUCCGGAGCUCCGACGCCGGGGACCCCUUCCACGCUCUUCUUGAGCACGAGCUUAAUCGGAACUCAUGGCGGGAGACUCGGAUCGAGACGCCCGCCGAGCUCUUCUUCGCGACGGUUUACCGGUUGCCGGACUCGAGGGCGGUCGUCGCCCUCCGAUUGCACACCGGAAUUUGCGAUCGCGCCUCCGCCGUGAGCAUCCUGCGGAACGUCUUGCAGUCCUACGGUGCGGAAGCCGCCGGCGGGACGGCGGCGGGAGACAGGGAGGGGCAAAAUGGGAAUGAGGAAGCGGGAGAGGUGCCAGGGGCGAUAGAGGAGAUGGUGCCUCAGGAGAAGGGGAGGAAGCCGUUCUGGGCGCACGGGGUGGACCUGCUGGGCUACUCCGUCGGCUCCUUGAGGUUCAGCAACCUCCAGUUCCGUGACACGACGUCGACUCGCGCGUCUCGGGUGGUUCGCUUGCAGAUGGAUAGGGACGAGACGGAUCGCAUUCUGAAGGCAUGCAAAGAAAGGGGAGGGAUGACCCCGUCUGUGGCUCUGGCGGCGGCGGCCAUGAAGGCCGCAAACUUUUCUAAGGAAGAACCAAGACCGCAAGUUGAAAGCUACGCCGUGGUCACCUUCAUUGACUGCAGAACUAUUCUGGAUCCUCCCCUUCAACUGGAUCAUGUAGGGUUCUACCACUCGGCGAUACUGAACACGCUGAGAGUAAACAGCCAAGAAGAAGUAUGGGACACGGCAGAAAGAUAUUUCAAUGCCCUCACAAACUCAAUGAGGUGCAACAAGCACUUCACUGACAUGGGGGACCUCACUUUCCUCAUGUGCAAGGCCAUCGACCACCCUCCUGCAACUCCUUGCUCUUCCUUGAGGACCUCAUUUCUUGGUGUCUUCGAGUCGCCCAUAAUUGACGACGACGAUGGCGAUAAAUGGCGGCAGGAGAUCGGCGUUGAGGACUAUGCCGGCUGCACGUCGGUUCACGGCGUCGGCCCGUCCAUGGCGUUCUUCGACACGAUCAGAGGCGGCCGGCUGGAUUGCACAUGUGUUUAUCCUUGGCCUCUUCAUUCUAGGGAGCAAAUUGAACAGCUGGUUCUGAACAUGAAAAGCCUUCUCUUAGCCAACAUAUGAAGGAAGCCCGCUUUGCUUUUUCAAUUUUCAAAGCCUAAAGUUUGCCUGAGCUUGUUUAGCAGUCAUGGUUCAUGGACAAUUCAAAAGGAAAUACUUUUGUGCCGUAUUUUUAUUCUUUUUCUUGCUUAAUUUACACCACUCUCUGAAUCUAAGUAUGAUAUAAUAUUUUCCAAAUCAUUCA